AUGAGGGAGUACAAAGUGGUGGUCCUCGGCUCCGGUGGAGUCGGGAAAUCCGCGCUGACCGUCCAGUUCGUGACGGGGUCUUUCAUUGAGAAGUACGACCCCACGAUAGAGGAUUUCUACCGGAAGGAGAUCGAGGUGGACUCCUCGCCGUCCGUGCUGGAGAUCCUUGACACGGCUGGUACCGAGCAGUUCGCCUCCAUGCGAGACUUGUACAUUAAAAACGGCCAGGGCUUCAUCCUGGUCUACAGCCUGGUCAACCAGCAGAGCUUCCAGGACAUCAAGCCCAUGCGGGACCAGAUUAUUCGGGUGAAACGGUACGAAAGGGUGCCUAUGAUCUUAGUGGGCAACAAAGUGGACUUAGAGGGGGAACGGGAGGUGUCGUCCGGCGAGGGUAAGGCAUUGGCGGACGAUUGGAACUGUCCUUUCAUGGAGACCUCAGCCAAGAACAAGACCUCGGUGGACGAGCUUUUCGCCGAGAUAGUCCGUCAGAUGAACUAUGCGUCCACGCCGAAUGGCGACGACCAGUGUUGUUCGUCCUGUGUCAUCCUGUAA